CACAGCGAUGAAUGAAAGCUUGAGCUAGCGUUUGAGAUCUCUGGCUCUGGUUGGUGGAGGAUUUGAUUAUUUACUUGGCAAUAAAAUCACUGGGAAUUGAUUACUUCUAGGGGAAAUGCUCUCAGACGCCUGCGCAACACCAUUAACUACUACAGAAAUGGUGAUCAUGGUAUCUCAGGCUCACAACCAACGAAUACAUCUCAAUCGGCGGCCUUACUUCUGGUGUUUCAGUGAGGAAACGAGCUAUGAUCAGCAAAAAGUACUCCUACAUUCCAGAUAAUUUCAGUAGUCUCGAACAGGUUUCUUCUGCUUUGCGAGGUUCUGGUCUAGAGUCGUCAAAUCUUAUUCUUGGAAUUGAUUUCACGAAAAGCAAUGAAUGGACAGGCAAAAACUCCUUUCAAAAUCGGAGCCUGCAUGCAAUUGGUGAUACACCUAAUCCAUAUGAGCAGGUUAUUAUGAUUAUUGGAAAGACUUUGGCUCCCUUUGAUGAAGACAAUUUGAUCCCUUGUUUUGGAUUUGGUGAUGCUACAACCCACGAUGAAGGCGUAUUUAGUUUUCACAGUGAUCAUACACCUUGCCAUGGAUUUGAAGAAGUUUUGGCUUGCUAUAAACGCAUUAUCCCAAAUUUAAGAUUAUCAGGGCCAACUUCUUUUGCACCAGUAAUUGAGGCUGCAAUUGAUAUUGUGGAGAAAAGUGGAGGGAAAUACCAUGUUCUUGUUAUCAUUGCAGAUGGCCAAGUUACAAGAAGUGUUGAUACAAUGGAGGGAGCUCUUAGCCCACAGGAAUUGAAAACAAUUAACUCAAUAGCAACUGCAAGUUCGUAUCCACUCUCAAUUGUGCUUGUUGGCGUUGGUGACGGACCCUGGGAUGACAUGAAGAAAUUUGAUGAUAGGAUCCAAGGGCGUGAGUUCGACAAUUUUCAGUUCGUUAACUUCACAAACAUCAUGUCUAGAGAUGUUAGCCCCUCUGAGAAAGAAGCAGCAUUUGCUCUUGCAGCACUAAUGGAGAUACCCAUCCAGUACAAAGCAACCAUGGAACUUGGUAUCCUUGGGAGAGUCAAAGGACGUCCAACACAGAUUGUUCCCCGGCCUCCUCCUCUUGUUUCUUCCACCGGCCGUCUGCUGCAGCCAACUCGUAGUGAACCAAGCAACCUGAACCCCGCCUCAUCACAUGAGCCAAGCAACGUCGCCCCAUCUGGUGGAGAUGAAAGUACACGAACAUGCCCUAUUUGCUUGACUAAUGAGAAGAAUUUAGCCUUCGGGUGUGGGCAUAUGGUCUGUACCGAGUGUGGGCCAAGAGUCACUAACUGCCCCAUAUGCCGUGGACGUAUCACUUCCCGUAUCCGACUAUUUACUGGGUGAAGCUACUACACUGUCAUCAAAUUAAUUAAUUGUAAGCAUAUACAAAACAUCCUGUGCAUUUACCUGGUUUCUUUCUUCUUUCUUUCUUCUUUCUUUCUUUUUCUUCUUGUUCAUGUAAGGAAAAAAUGAAAAUAAUCUGCCAGAUAAUGAUAUUGUAUAGGGAUUAAUUCUCUUACAGGACCAGCAUCGAAUAUGA